AUGCUGCGCUGGGUCCUGCUCGCGUGGGCCGUGGCCUACUCUGCCAUCGCCGGGGCAUCUCGACUUACACCCUCUGUGCUACCACUGAUUGUUAGAAACCCCUAUCUCAGUACCUGGCUGGCCGAUGCGAGACAUGAGCCGUGGUCAACAUGGCCUAUCUUCUGGACCGGACAACAUAUGGGCAUGAGCAUCAUGGCCCACGUCCCCAGCACGGGGAACACUUAUCCCUUGCUUGGCCGGGCUCACGACUCCCUGGGGGAGAAUCAUCCAAACAACGGAUAUAAUGUAUCUUACGCCCAGUUCCUGGGGUCAAAGUACGAUGCCUCGACUACCAACAUGACGUUCCUAAUCCAGCCAGAAGGCAAACACCUGGCUGGUGAAUCCGUGAAGAUAACCAUCACCUUCCUCUCGCCAAUCACUCCGACCUCGACCCUACGUCAGUCCAUUCCUGCCGGCUAUGUCACUGUUCGUGCAGAGGGAAACAUGAAUGUCAACAUUUACAUGGACAUGAACGGUGAAUGGGUCACUGGAGACCGUGGAAACACUCUUAUCUGGAAGAUGGACAACAUUGUUGACUCUGGAAGGAAGGAAUCUCUCUACGAGUGGCAGGUCAGCAGGAAGACGGAACAGCUCUUCACUGAGUUCCGGGAUCGAGCAGAAUGGGGAAUGCUACACUUCCUUGCUCCUCAGGGAACGAGAUACGAAUCUGGAACAUCAAAGCUUCUGAGAACUAGAUUUGCAAGAACCGGUGUCUUGCAAAACAGAAAUGAUGAGCGAUUCCGUACCGUCAUGGAUGAUGAACCUGUCUUUGCUUAUUCCAAAGCAUUCAACCUCAAUGGAACAGAUGAUGAGCCAAACAUAGAGACCAUCCAUGAUGAAGUCACCUUCACCAUCGCUCAUACCCAGGAUCCAGUUGUUCAGUUUGCCUCUGCCCGUGGUUUGACCCUCAUGAAGCCUCUCUGGGAGUCGUAUUUCCCAGACGUGAAGAGUUUGCUCAACUUCCACUACUUUGACUUGGACAACGCUAGGACCCUUGCCCACAGGUACUCGAACCAGCUUGCAAGAGAUGCCCAGCUGUCUGCCGCUGAAGACUAUGUAGAUGUUGUCGCCCUUACUGCUAGGCAAGUCCUAGGUGCUACCUCCUUCUCAGGAACCUCGGAUAAUCCUCUUCUAUUCCUCAAGGAAAUUUCUUCCAAUGGAAACUGCCAGACCGUAGAUGUCAUAUUCCCUUCGUUCCCAUUCUUCCUAUAUACCAACCCUAGAUGCAUGAUCUGGGGUGCCCACUUCCCCAAUAUGACCGGACACCCUGAUGGAAAGGAUGAGUACAUGCCUGUCGAGGAAUGCGGUAAUAUGCUUAUCAUGGGCCUGUCUAUAGUCAAUUCCCUCAGGUUCCCACCAGAGGCAAACACUACUGCUCCCUGGCAUCCAGGCACACUCGAGGCCCGAGCUGCUGAACCAGAUGUUGUUGGACUGUUCCCUCUUCGUGAUCUUCAAACAGUUGGUGGAAUUGACAGACUCGACAGCGUCUGGGGUGUCGGUCCAGAUGCCACAAACCUGGCACGGAAAUGGGUUGAGAAGUCAUACAAGCUUUGGAGGCAAUGGACUGGCUACCUUGUUGAGUUUUCUUUAGAGCCGCAUAACCAACUUUCUACUGACGACUUUGCUGGAUGGCUGGCACUUCAAACUAAUCUUGCCCUCAAGGGCAUUGUUGGUAUCAAUGCCAUGAGUGAGAUGUCCAACUUUGUUGGAAAGGCCGAGGACUAUAGAUAUUUCAAGAACAUUUCUGAUACCUACAUCACCAAAUGGGAAGGCUUUGGAUUCUCCAGAGACGGCACCCACGCCAAACUCUCAUAUGACUGGUACGGCUCCUGGACUACCCUCUACAAUAUGUUUGCGGAUGCCCUUCUCUGCUUCCAUCUUGAUGGAACAGAGCACGACACCCACCCCCGUACGCUUGACGAUCAGGAACCAAUCACGCGACCCCCAGGCAAGACUGGUUUCAUCCCCAGGCACGUCUAUGAAAAACAAUCAAAGUGGUAUGACAAUGUACGCCAGAAGUACGGCCUCCCCCUUGAUAGCCGUCAUCUCUAUACCAAAUCCGAUUGGGAGUUCUUUUCCAUGGCCGUUUCAAGUCCCUCCGUACGAGGUAAAAUCCUUCAAUCAUAUGCCAAAUGGGUCAAUGAAACCUCUACCGAUCAUCCUCUUACCGAUCUGUACAAGACGGAAGAAGAUGGAGGCUAUCCAGGACCAAACUUCUUUGCUAGACCCGUUGUUGGUGGACAUUUUGCCUUCCUUGCCUUGGAGAAGGCGUGCAAUGGCAAGGCAACGGACGGGCUUAAAUUCCUGGAUGACAAGAAGCAUAAUUCCCCUGAGGAUGAAAUGAAUGAUGGUGAUGUCGACAAUGAAGACUCUCAAUCGCCUAUUCAGGACACAGACGGCUCAGAAGUGAAAUUAGGGGAUCAAGCUCAGAUCCCCAUCCAGGACGUGGAUGACUCGCAGAUAACCAUCAUUAGCGAGGAUGAUUAA